CAAAUCUCAAAUUACAACAAUUACUAAUGGCGGUUGAAUUGUUCUCCUUUCCUACAGAGUUGAUAUGGCACAUCCUACUAAUUCUUACCCCAAAGGAUAUUUGUCGUUGUGCAAUAACCUGCAAGGCCUUCUGGAACGUGAUCCGGAAUUCUGUACGCAUUCAAUACAAGCUUGAGCUUUAUGCUCAGGGCUUCACUGGGACCACUACCCUGCAUUCGAUUGGUGUCUCCAGAAAGAUGUCCUUGCUCAAGAAAUCGGCAUCUUUGUGGCGGUCUGGCUUGCAUUUGAACACCGUCUUUGAAGAACGAGUGAUGAUUUCCACCUUCCCCGCACAUCCUUCACUACCAUCGCUACUGUCCGGCAUGAAAUGUGGCCUUUUGUGGAUGUUGGUAAAUGGCGAUACCUUCAUUAGGGACUAUAACACGAAUACUAACCUUUCUCGAAUAUGGGCCUUACAUGGGUUAUCCUCUCAGCACCGACCGAAAAAUCUUGCUAUCGACCCUCUGCAAGAUCUUGUGGUCACAGUCUCCUCGCCUGAUGUUGUGACCGUGACCGACGCCGAACAAGAUCACCAUACCUUUUGGGUGGAGUGUUGGUCAGCUUCAUAUCAGCGUCCCCAUCCGGACUCUGUCGGCGCUUCCUUAGAGUGCAGACGUACUUUUUCUGGCCUGUACCGUUUCCAUUUUAUUGGAGAGCCUGUAAUCUGCGGUGAUCGUAUAUUUGUCUACUAUGUCAUAUACCGCGGUGGUAUACCUGCUGCUGCGUUCAUCCAAGUCAUUGAUUGGAGGAGGGGAGACGUAAAGAGUCACCAUUUACUAGAUCAUCAAUAUCUCGAACAUGGAAUCUACGUAGUCGACCAAUGGACGAUUGUUGUCAUCGGCUCGAGCCGUCUAACCGUGUACACACUACAGGAAUUCGAUGGGUCGCUGCUGCCCAGACUCAUAUAUCUCCUGCCGAAGUGUCACCGUUCACCCUUGAUAUUUGUUCAUGCCAGCCCAUCGUUCAGCGGCACAGCCGCUCGCGCAGAUCUUACACCCGGCUUUGUGCCCUCUCUAGAGUCACAGAUCAUUGUCUUAGACAUCAUCUCAUACCCGUGCACGACGUCUGUCAUUCUAGUCGUUGAUACGGUGAUCUUCUCGGGAAUGGAUUUGCAAUCAGAGACGCAUGUCGAGAUUCCCUGGUCCGACUGGGGUCCCCAGCAUACGUGCUGCUUUCCGCAUGAGGGCAGUCACAAAAUCAGUGUGUUCGGUAGCAGAAUGGCGUAUACCCUCCCUCAAGAUCACACCCCUGAACCUGGACAAAGACUGGAAGAACUCUCCCGCCAGGGUCACUUCUACGUCCAUAUCUGGGACUUCAAUAAACGAGCCAUUGCUCGUUCGGAGAAUUUCUACAAUCUCGACUCACCAGACCUACUCAUUCGUGUUUUGAUGAAGAAAUUAUCUCGAAUCACCCUUACACUGCUACCGUCUGCCGUACUCGAUUUUUGA